AUGAACUUACUUCAGCUGGUUCAUGACCACUGGGUUCACGUACUUGUCCCCGUGGGCUUUCUCUUUGGAUGUUAUCUAGACAAGAGGGAUGGUGAAAAACUGACUACCUUCCAGAAUAACAGCAUGCUAUUUCAAAGGGAACUGAGAUCCAAUGAAGUUACUUGGAAGUAA